GGUGUAGUAUGUUUUGCCUCUGCCGCCAUCUACUGUUUGUUUGCGUGUAUAUCAUUUAUCGGGUCAUCCAGGUGAAGAGAUCGACUGGUCGAGUCUGCGCAGGUAGUUCAAGGAAGAGCGCAAAAGUUGAGACUUGGGCGUAAACAAAAUCUACUUUAACGCAACAAAUACGGACGAGCGCUUUCGAGGAAACACUUUGAUCACAAAUCGGUGUCUUUAUUUGCACCAGCUUUGGGUGGUACGAUGAAACUGUUGAAAAAAUAAUUCGUGACAUUUCCUUAGUCUUAUCAGUGUCCAAGUGGGUUAACUUCUUGUACUUUCGGAAUUAUGUGUCGACGUUGGCUUCUGGUGACAUAAAGGAUUGUUUUCGGCUGAAAGGGGAAGAGGACCCAGUGGAAUUUAUGUGACAGAUAUUUUAAUUUGGGGCCUAUUAAGGCUUUGAUGUCUGCGUGACCAUGCUGCUUCGUCUUCACCACCUCCUUGUCCUCGUCUUCUUCACCUGUGCAGACCUGGCCUGUGUUAACAGGUUACCCUCCUUAGAUGAGGACAGGUCAGAAGACGAAGUGUUUGUGGACGAAGGGGAGGCAAAGUCAUUCUUGGGUCGUCGUCUGCAGUUUAACCGGUUCGACUUUGAGAUUUUCGUCCCUGGUAACUUGGAAAGGGAGUGUUUUGAAGAAGACUGCAACUAUGAAGAAGCAAGAGAGGUCUUUGAAGAUGUCCCAGCUACAAAUAAAUUUUGGAACAAAUACACUGCAGAAAAAGACAAGCGACCCACAAGAGUCGACAUUACUUCCCUUCUGGUGGCACUGAUUGCUGUCGGAGUUAUAUUUGUCCUCGUGGGCCUACUCAGCUGGUAUUUUUGUCCAAGCAAAUGUAAGGAUGACUUCAGUCGAGCAAGCUCAGUAAGGGUUCGUCCCAGGAGGAGCAACGCCUCCGUCAUAAUACGUCGGUUAGAGGAAGUGUCUUUACAGCCUGUGCUCCCACCUCCGCCUCCAAUGGAUGAAAUCGAACUCCCGGGACUGCCCUCUUAUGAGCAGGCCAUCGCAAAAAGCGGGCAACAUGAUGCCCCACCUCCACCCUAUCCUGGGUCACGACAUGGAAGUAUUCGUCGGUAGAGUCUUCAGGAGCUUCCCAUCUACUCUUACACAAAUACACGAUCACGAGAUGCCUCAUUUAUCUAUCCUUUAACGCUCACAUAUUUUUAGUUAAUUCACUUUAAAUCUUAACAUUACAGACCUAAUAAGUAUUGACGGAUCAGAUUGUACUAUUCUCUUUGUGCAAUAAUCCAAACCUUGAAUUUUAACAGAAACAGCAGUUAAAAUAACGAAUUACAUUUAAAGGUUGACUUUGUUAGUGACCUUAUUUUCAGGUUCUUUGUGAUAAGACUAAUUGCUUUGCCCGUUUUUCUGCUUUGAUUUGUGAGCAAAAGUUUUAGAUAUAGGUAGGUAGAUAUAACUAGUUGGCAGAGACCCAUUAAAAAGAUUUCCAUUCAUUUCAAAGAUGAUUUUAAGUAUAUUUUUUUUAUGAUGAAUUAAGUGAGUUGUCGCUAAACAAAUUAAAUUGGUGAAUGAUGGUACAACUGUUGGGAUGCUUCUUACCUUGUCACAAUGUCAGAUCAUGCACUUCCUGUCUCAUUAGGUGAUUGCAGACUUAACAUUAUUUCUAUUGAAAUUUCGGUAUGGUAAAUAUCGCUUUACAUGCCCAUAUACAGUAGACGAGUGCAAGACUGAGAACGAUCUGGAAUGUGACAUCAUGCGAGAGUUUUCUUCACGGUGAGAAAAAAAGCCUACAGUUGGUACAACCAAUUUAUAGGAGCAAGAAAUCAUGAAUCCUUUUUGAACCGACAAGACAAAUUUCAUGACACACUGACCAAACUCCAAAAUAUAAUAUGAUGCUAAAUUUCUUGUCAUAGAUACGAAAUUUUCAAGAGUACCAUGCAUACUUAAAUCAUACCUUGAGACUAAUGUACUAAUUCACUGUUUUUAAUUCUCAUUACAUUACAGCACUUUACAAAGACCAUCAAAUAUACUGUAUCUAAGAGUUAACAGCACUCGAGGAUGCAUUGAAUUUAAAUUGAGUGUUAUAAGUUCUAUUUGUUUCGAUUAUGUUUUUACAAAUGAUUUAUUUUGGGCGGAUUGCUUCCAUCUCAUAUCAAUAAAUUGAUUCUAAAAUACAUGUAGCCUUUUAAUCACCUCUUAUGUCACAUGGCUUUUAGUUUCACUGUUGUGUGUAUUAUAACUUGUCCACUCUGUCUGUUCCCAGCCGUCAUUACGCUAUACUGGAAGUAGCCUGACUUCUUGUUUUCUUAUUUAUUCCGAACUAGCUGUCCAGCUCUCAUGAUCAUUAUGGCAUACAAUAUUAAGAAAACAAAACAAGAAUACUGGCCUAAGACUUGAGUCAAACAUUUUAGAAUAGCACCUUUUUCAGUUUUUUAGUGAAAAGCCAACAGUUCAAAUCUUUGAAAUUGUACAAAUGUAAGGUUCUAUAUAUUAAUAAGUAAUCUACAUGUACAAUGCACACAAUUUCAGUUAAGGCACAGUCUCAGGACUUGAAACAUCAAUGAAUGAAAGGAAAGUGAAGUGCCACACAAAGAACACCAGGAGUGUUUUCAGCUGUUACACCUGCCACUGGCGGCUACUCAUUCAAAACUUUACAAUGCAUUAUUUAAAAUAGAUUACGUCAAUGACUUUUGCAACUUGAAUUACGUUCUGUGUUUACAGAAUAAGUGCAAGAAUUAAAAACA